AUGUCUAUCAAGAACGUUGUACUCGUCGGCGCCUCGGGCUGCCUUGGCGUGGAAGUCUUCAAGCGCCUCGCGGCGGCCAGCGACCUCAACCUCAAGGUCCUCCGCCGGAACGGAUCCACGUCGACCUUCCCUGGCAACGUCCAGGUCGUCGACGUCGACUUUGGCAGCGUCGAGAGCCUCGCAGCAGCGCUUGCCGGCCAGGACGCCGUCGUCUCCACCAUCUCGUCGGAGCACAUUGCCGCCCAGAAGAACCUCGUCGAGGCGGCGCUCUCCGCUGGCGUCAAGCGCUUCAUCCCGUCCGACUUUGGCUCCAACCUGGCCAACGAGGCCACCCAGCGCCUCCCCGUCUUCCUCCCCAAGAUCGACAUCAGGAACAGGUUGAUCGAAAUCGCCAAGACGACGGACAUGACCUACACAUUUGUCUACAACGGCGCCUUCCUCGACUGGGGCAUCGACCAGAGCUUCCUCAUCAACCGCGCCGGCGACAAGACCCAGGUCGUGGACGGCGGCGACAUUCCCUUCUCCGUCACCGACUUGGCCUCCGUGGCGGAUGGAGUCUACGGUGUCCUCACGCACCCCGAGGAGACCAAGAACCGCGCCGUGUACGUGGAGGACGCAAAGGUCACGCAGAACCAGCUCCUCGGGCUCGCAAAGCAGGCCGCGCCCAGCAAGUCUUGGGAUGUGGAGCACGUGGCCUUGGAUGACUUGACAAGUGCAGCGGACAAGAGGCUUGCCCAGGGGCUGUUGGAUUUCCAGACUUUUGGUCCGUAUCUGUACCGCGCCAUCUUUGGCAAGGAGAAUGGCGGCAAUUUCGACAAGAACGACAAUGCGCUGCUGGGCGUCAAGGGCAAGACGGAGGAGGAGGUUGCCGAGGUGGUGAAGCAUCAUGUCAAGUAG